AAGUGAACCCAAGAUACAGGAUGGAGGAUGAAGCUGUCCUGGACAGAGGGGCUUCCUUCCUUAAGCAUGUGUGUGAUGAAGAAGAAGUAGAAGGCCACCACACCAUCUACAUCGGGGUCCAUGUGCCCAAGAGCUACAGGAGAAGGAGACGUCACAAGAGAAAAACAGGGCACAGAGAAAAGAAGGAGAAAGAGAGGAUCUCUGAGAACUACUCCGACAAAUCUGAUGUGGAGAAUGCAGAUGAAUCCAGCAGCAGCAUCCUAAAGCCUCUCAUCUCUCCUGCAGCCGAACGCAUCCGAUUCAUCUUGGGAGAGGAGGAUGACAGCCCAGCACCCCCUCAGCUCUUCACCGAACUGGACGAGCUGCUGGCCGUGGAUGGGCAGGAGAUGGAGUGGAAGGAGACAGCCAGGUGGAUUAAGUUUGAAGAAAAAGUGGAGCAGGGUGGAGAGAGAUGGAGCAAGCCCCAUGUGGCCACAUUGUCCCUUCACAGCUUGUUUGAGCUGAGGACGUGUAUGGAGAAGGGAUCCAUCAUGCUUGACCGGGAGGCCGCUUCUCUCCCACAGUUGGUGGAGAUGAUUGUCGACCAUCAAAUUGAGACAGGCCUAUUGAAGCCUGACCUUAAGGAUAAGGUGACCUACACUUUGCUCCGGAAACACCGACAUCAAACCAAGAAAUCCAAUCUUCGGUCACUGGCUGAUAUUGGGAAGACGGUCUCCAGUGCAAGCAGGAUGUUCACCAACCCCGAUAACGGUAGCCCAGCCAUGACCCAUAGGAAUCUAACUUCCUCCAGCCUGAAUGACAUUUCUGAUAAGCCAGAGAAGGACCAGCUGAAGAAUAAGUUCAUGAAAAAAUUGCCACGUGAUGCAGAAGCGUCUAACGUACUCGUUGGGGAGGUUGACUUCCUGGACACUCCUUUCAUCGCCUUUGUGCGGCUACAGCAGGCUGUCAUGCUGGGAGCGCUGACUGAGGUCCCUGUGCCCACAAGGUUCUUGUUCAUUCUCUUAGGUCCGAAGGGGAAAGCCAAGUCCUACCAUGAGAUCGGCAGAGCCAUUGCCACGCUGAUGUCUGAUGAGGUAUUCCAUGACAUUGCUUAUAAAGCAAAAGACAGGCAUGAUCUGAUCGCUGGCAUUGAUGAGUUCUUAGAUGAAGUCAUUGUCCUCCCACCUGGAGAAUGGGACCCGGCAAUCAGGAUAGAGCCUCCUAAGAGCCUUCCAUCAUCUGACAAAAGAAAGAAUAUGUACUCAGGAGGGGAGAAUGUUCAGAUGAAUGGGGACACACCCCAUGAUGGAGGACAUGGAGGAGGAGGACAUGGGGACUGUGAAGAACUGCAGCGAACUGGACGGUUCUGUGGUGGACUAAUUAAGGACAUAAAGAGGAAAGCACCAUUUUUUGCCAGUGACUUUUAUGACGCUUUAAAUAUUCAGGCUCUUUCAGCAAUUCUCUUCAUUUAUCUGGCAACUGUAACUAAUGCUAUCACUUUUGGAGGACUGCUUGGGGAUGCCACCGAAAACAUGCAGGGCGUGUUGGAGAGUUUCCUGGGCACUGCUGUCUCUGGAGCUGUCUUUUGCCUUUUUGCUGGUCAACCUCUCACUAUCUUGAGCAGUACAGGACCCGUCUUAGUUUUUGAGAGACUUCUAUUUAAUUUUAGCAAGGACCAUAAUUUUGACUAUUUGGAAUUUCGCCUUUGGAUUGGCCUGUGGUCAGCGUUCCUGUGUCUCAUUCUGGUAGCCACUGAUGCCAGCUUCUUGGUUCAGUACUUCACUCGUUUCACAGAAGAGGGCUUCUCGUCUCUCAUUAGCUUCAUCUUUAUCUAUGAUGCUUUCAAGAAGAUGAUCAAGCUAGCAAGUUACUACCCCAUCAACUCUGACUUCAAAGUGGGCUACAACACUCAUUUUUCCUGUGUCUGUGUACCACCCGACCCAGUUAACAUCUCAAUAUCUAAUGACAGUAUACUGUCUCCAGAGGAUUUGCCAACUAGUUCUUCUACUGGCUUGUACCAUAAUGCUACUCUUGACUGGGAAUUUUUAUCGAAGAAGGAGUGCUUGAAAUAUGGAGGAAAGCUCGUGGGGAACAACUGUGAUUUUGUUCCUGAUAUCACACUUAUGUCUUUCAUCCUCUUCUUGGGCACCUAUACCUCUUCUAUGGCUCUGAAAAAAUUCAAAACUAGUCGUUAUUUUCCAACCACAGCAAGAAAACUGAUCAGUGACUUUGCCAUUAUCUUGUCCAUUCUCAUCUUUUGUGUAAUAGAUGCCCUAGUAGGUGUGGACACUCCAAAACUAAUUGUGCCAAGUGAAUUCAAGCCAACAAGUCCAAACCGAGGUUGGUUUGUUCCACCAUUUGGAGGAAAUCCCUGGUGGGUAUACCUUGCUGCUGCUAUCCCUGCUUUGUUGGUCACCAUUCUGAUUUUUAUGGACCAGCAAAUCACAGCUGUGAUUGUAAACAGAAAAGAACAUAAGCUCAAGAAAGGAGCUGGGUAUCACUUGGAUCUUUUCUGGGUGGCUAUCCUCAUGGUGGUAUGCUCUUUCAUGGCUCUUCCGUGGUACGUGGCUGCUACCGUCAUCUCCAUUGCUCACAUCGACAGUUUGAAGAUGGAAACAGAGACUUCCGCACCCGGAGAACAGCCGAAGUUUCUAGGAGUGAGGGAACAAAGAGUCACCGGAACUCUUGUGUUUAUUCUGACUGGUCUGUCAGUCUUUAUGGCUCCCAUCUUGAAGUUUAUUCCCAUGCCUGUACUCUAUGGGGUUUUCCUGUACAUGGGAGUAGCAUCCCUGAAUGGUGUGCAGUUCAUGGAUCGCCUGAAGCUGCUUCUGAUGCCUCUGAAGCAUCAGCCUGACUUCAUCUACCUGCGUCACGUCCCCCUGCGCAGAGUCCACCUGUUCACCUUCCUGCAGGUCUUGUGUCUGGCCCUGCUCUGGAUCCUCAAAUCAACCGUGGCUGCUAUAAUUUUUCCAGUCAUGAUCUUGGCACUUGUAGCUGUCAGAAAAGGCAUGGACUACCUCUUCUCCCAGCAUGACCUCAGCUUCCUCGAUGAUGUCAUUCCAGAAAAGGACAAGAAAAAGAAGGAGGAUGAGAAGAAAAAGAAAAAGAAGAAGGGGAGUCUCGACAGUGACAAUGACGAUGAGAAAGAUCGUCAACAUUCCUUGAACGCCACACAUCAUGCUGAUAAAAUUCCUUUCCUUCAGUCACUGGGUAUGCCAAGUCCUCCUAGAACUCCAGUAAAAGUUGUGCCUCAAAUUAGAAUAGAACUUGAGCCUGACGACAAUGAUUAUUUCUGGAGGAGCAAGGGAACAGAAACUACAUUGUAACCUGUUUGUCUUUCUUAAAACUGAAAGUUUUGUUAUUGAUGUUCCUGUUUUUUUUGUGUGUUUUGUUUUUGUCUGGCUGGUUUUUUUUGUUUUUUUUUUUUUCAUUUCUUUUUGGUUUUGGUUUUUGGUCACUGGCCAAAUAAUACAGCACUCUCUCUGCUUCUCUCUUGCAUAGGUAAAAUCAAGACAAUAGUUGCACCGUUCCCUAAACACAGCAUCUGAGGACUCCCCCUUUCGUUCUUAUACUUUCAGAUGUGUCCUCUGACAAUCAGAGUCCUCUGUCACUCAAGACACGCACAGACCCUGUCCUUUUCCUCUGUUAGGCAGAGGACAAAAGUAUUAAGGAUUUUAUGACACCUUUUAUUAAAGUAUCAAAGGAACUUACAACUUUAGCUUUGGAGCUGUGCUUACUGGCUUGUCUUUGUCUGGUCCAGACAGAGUCCCUUCUCGCUUGUAGAGCUCUCCAGGACUGGAAAAAGUGCUGCUACUCUAACUUGCUCUUGCUCGUAAACCCUAAUCUUAGAGUUAUCAAAAGAAGAAAAACUAAAGGUACUUUACUUCCCUGUAGAGAAAUCAUUGCCAUCAUUGUAGCAAGUGCUGGAAUGUCCCUUUUUCCUAUGCAACUUUUUUUAACCCUUUAAUGAACUUAUCUGUUGAGUACAUUGAAGAAUAUUUUUCUUCCUAGAUUUUGUUGUUUAAAUUAUGGGGCCUAACCUGCAACUUAUUUUUUGUCAAUUUUUUAAACUUUUUUUUAAUUACUGUAAAGAAAAUGAAUUUUUUCCUGCAGCAGGAAACAUAGUUUUGAGUAGUUCUACCUCUUAUUUGUAGCUGCCAGGCUUUCUGUAAAAAUUGUAUUGUAUAUUUCGUGAUUUUUACACACACACACACACACACACACACACACGCACACAAGUAUACAAUCUCUAGGGUAAGCCAGAAGGCUAGAUCAGAUUAAAAACACCAUGUUUCUAAGCAUCCAUUUUUCCCCAAUUCUUUAAAAGAAAUUCAACUGUUCUAUGAAGGAGACUGAGGUGAAGAGAGAAACUCGUGUGUGAUGGUAAUAACUGACAUAAUAGGAGUAUCCGGGCACAGAUGCCGACUGUAUCACCGUGUCAAUGUCCUAUGCAGUAUUGUUAGACAUUUCUUCAUUUUGAAAUAUUUGUGUGUUUGUAUAUGUGCUCUGUGUGUGGCUGGUGCACAUAUGUGCAAAGUUAGAAGGAUGAGAAUAACAGUAGGUAAAAAGAAAAGUUAGCCAGUUUCCUGUCAGGUUUCAUAAAUCCCACACCACGUAUGAGAAACUCACUGGGGUCCAAGAAGUUUAACCAUUGCUCAAAUGAGGAUUAAUAUAGUCUACUAUCCAGGUACCAGUCACCUUCAUUGAUCCAGUCGCCCAUUUUUACAGUAGAAAAUCUGUAAGCAUCCCAAUAGCCCAUUCAUGCAACUAUAAAGUGUUACAAGAAUGCAGGUAGAUCUGCAAAAAGUAUAUGUGUAUACACUUUAUCAGUACUUGGACACACUUAUUUUGGUAUGCAAAGGUAAUUAUUCUUUAUGAUUGGGACAUUCAGAAGAUGUAUGUGUACAUAUAUAUAUAUAUGUGUGUUUCAAAGUACCAUCUUGAAAAUUAGAUCAUUACUAACCAAAUUUAGCAUCAUAUUUAAAUGUAAUGUUUUUAAUAGAUUACAUUAUAUAUUGUGAAUUAUAUUAUAAAUACAACGUUAAAUGUUGAAUCCAUCAUUUUGGAUUCAUUUAACCACAACUGUGAUAUGCCCUAAUUAUAACAUGUUGGAGGAGUACUAGAAGCAGAAUGAAACCACUUAUUUAGGUUUCAUAGUAUGCACUUGUUGACACUCAUUCUUAUAUAUAUUAGUUAAAUUCUAGUCCUCUUGUAAUUUCAGUUAUAGAAGUUUUAUUAUCCUGAGUUAGUUGUUACUUUUGUAAUAUCUGAUAACCUUAAAACUUUUAAUUUUCUACAAAUUAUACGUAAUAACCCCAAGAUUUUUAUUAAAAUGAUAGUGGCAAAUUGCAUGUUAUAAUGUUAAGACCUCACAUGCUAAAUUUGACAUGACAUUUGUAUGGAGAGGUGUCCUUAAAAUUAUUACUCAAUGUUACCACAUUUGCUAUCACCCUAAUAUAAAACUAUAUAAGUCGUUCCCUUUUACCUUUUUUUUUUUAACUGAUGGAAGCAUCAUUAAAAUGUUUAAAAGUCAGGCAUAAUAAAUUCAGCCUAACUUAUGAUUUCGCUAAAUUGAAGACACUUUACUUUUAUAAAAGCUCCACAUACGAAAAUAUUUUUUCCUUUUAUGAAUCAAGUAUAUGAGGAUUCAUGCCCUUCUCUGUAGCUUUUAACAGAGUCCUGAAACAAUUUAACAUUGCUUCAUUUUGGCCUCUGAAUAGCUGAAAAAUGUAUCAGCACCUCCAUUGAUGAUGAGAAGUGGGCAUUCAUGAUAUGAACACAGAAUGGUACAUUUCAGAAAGCAACAGUUAACAAACCAUUUCAACAUCCUGGAACCUAGGGAAGUUUUAUUAAAGAUCAUUACUUUCAGAGAAACAGAUGUUGUUACCAAAUUAACAAGCAACCCCUGAGGUCCACAUAGAGCCAUUUAACUGACUUUACUCAUUGACUAGGAAUUAAUCAGAUAUUAGGAUGAUUUUGUUUCUGUGCAAACUGGACACUAAUACAAUGGUAAAUUUUUUAUCAAGUAUUUCUCUCAGAUGUGAAUUUGGAGGCAAAAGAUUUAAGUUGCUUGAAGCAAAACCAAGUACACUCAAUAGUUGUUAAUCAGAAGUACAGUGGUUUUGGAAAUUUAGUAUUAAAGAGUGACCACUAGGCCAAGAGUUUGCAUUAUCAAGGAUGCCUCUGGCUUUGCAUUUGAGAGAAACUCUCUUAAAGACUUGUUUUUCUUGGUGAAUCACUCUUUACUGUGUGAAGUGACUACUUGGAAUCCUAAUUAGUGUGGUCCUGGGUUGGGGUGGGGACAUAAGCAGAAAAAUGAAAACCUUGGUCUUUAGCCCCUACCUCAAAGAAGGGGGGAGAAAACAAUUGUUGGAUAUUAGCCAUUCAAUUUUUGUGUAUUUUAUGCACAGGCACCAACACACACAGAGUAAACUUUUAUCAGCUAUGUAUUGGUGUUUAAUAUAGAGAAUGAUUGUCUUCCAAGAUUUUAGUUUUUUUUUUUUUUUUUUUUUUUUAAACUGUGUUAAAGUACUUGAAAUGUAUUGACUGCUGACUAUCUUCAAAAAACAAAACGAAACCGUUUGGGUUGUAUUACAUAAGAAGUUGAUAUUGUUCAGGGAUGGGACAAAGCUUUCUUCAGUCCUUUUCAUACCACUUAAUAAUUUUGGUGCAGGAACCAGAGAUUCUCUUGUUUAUAUCCCAUGAUCUUUCAUAAAUGCUCUUUACAGCAUGAGCACGAAGCCCAGUGGCACUGAGAGACUGGAGUCAGAAAAUGUUUCACGGCACUUCUUUCUCUAAAGGGCCUAGGGAGUUUCAGAUGAUGAUGUCAUUAAGUUUCAUCACAGCCUGAUAUAAACAAGUUUUGUAAUGAACACUAACCAGUGAAAUUGUGUUUUGACCAGAAAAUUGGAUAUGUCCUAUUUCUUGGCUCAUUUCAUUGUGCUCUGUGACUACGAAAAAAAGAAAAAAAAAAACAAACCUUAAAAAUCCUGAAUUCUGUUUUCUAGGCAAAUAUUACAACUCAGGGCUAAAGUCAUCCAGUGAAACUUUAGAGCCAGAAGUAACUUUGUCCCAGUCCUGCAAUGUGAAAGGAGUGAAUAGUUGCCUCUUUUUAAGCCAUUUUCAUGGCGGGUACAUAUCCGUACACAUUACUUUUCAGAAU